AUGCUCGAAAGAAAACAGAGAAGUUCUUCUCUAAGUUGGCUUUUGGCUGGUUUAUUAUUUAAUUUUUUUAUUAAACACGCAUAUGCUACAGGUGUGAUAGCUCAAUAUGCUAGUGGGUGUAUACCAUCCACCCUUGAUAAGGCUGGCGAAAACAUGGGUUUUCAUGUUCAAUUCUAUCAUUAUAAUUAUUUGACGUAUAACCCCAAAACUAAUACAGGUACCGCCGAUUGGGAUACCUAUGUGAGUUCUGAAUAUAUCAAUGGUGGCUUUGUUGAUUAUGGUAUGUUUGGUGAAACUUAUGGUGCUACCAAUUUAACAUACGAAUUUGUCCCUGAUAACACUAAUGUCGCUCUUCAAUUAGGAACUUUACCACCUGGGUUUGAUUAUUCAACACCGUUUUAUCUUACAAAUUGGACUUUCCUUGCUACUGGUUACUUUGUUCCACCAACCACAGGUGUUUAUACUAUAUAUUUGGACUAUAUUGAUGAUUUAGGUGUCGUUUCCUUCGGUGCCGAUGCAGCAUUUAGAUGUUGUUUACAGAAUUCUACCUCUAUUACUCCAAGAUCUUACCAAAUUGAUUCCUUGUGGUCCUCCAGUGGUCCUACAGGUGUUAACCAAGUUUCUGUUGCUCUAUAUGCUGGUGUUUACUAUCCUUUAAGAGUAUUUUACGUUAAUCGUCAAAAUAUCGGUGGGAUAAAUUUCGGUUACACAGAUCCAGAUGGUGUAUAUCAUAACGAUUGGUCUGAGGUUGUCUACAAUUUUGAAGACGCCUCUGAAACAUGUGAUGCUCCAAGUGCAAAUACAACAACUUACAAACCAUGGACUGGUACCUAUACAUCUACUAUUGCUACUAGUGUUCUUACUACGACUGGAUCAGAUGGUAUUCCAACUACCUCCACUAUUUACACAGUUGAAACUCCAGAUAUGAGAGCUACCACUACCACCUACACACCAUGGACUGGUACAUUCACUUCUACCAUUGGUACUAGUGUUAUUACCAGUAUUGGAUCAGAUGGUAAACCAACUAUAUCUACCGUUUACACUGUUGAAACUCCAGAAGCUGAUGCUGUUACUACCACCUACACACCAUGGACUGGUGCAUUCACUUCUACCAUUGGUACUAGUGUUACUACCAGUAUUGGAUCAGAUGGUAUUCCAACUACCUCAACUAUCUAUACAGUUGAAACUCCAGAAGCUGAUGCUGUUACUACCACCUACACACCAUGGACUGGUGCAUUCAGUUCUACCAUUGGUACUAGUGUAACUACCAGUAUUGGUUCAGAUGGUAUUCCAACUACCUCCACCAUCUAUACUGUUGAAACUCCAGAAGUUGAUGCUGUUACUACCACCUACACACCAUGGACUGGUGCAUUCACUUCUACCAUUGGUACUAGUGUUACUACCAGUAUUGGAUCAGAUGGUAUUCCAACUACCUCAACUAUCUAUACAGUUGAAACUCCAGAAGUUGAUGCUGUUACUACCACCUACACACCAUGGACUGGUACCUUCACUUCCACCAUUGGUACUAGUGUUACUACCAGUAUUGGCUCAGAUGGUAUUCCAACUACAUCUACCAUCUAUACUGUUGAAACUCCAGAAGUUGAUGCUGUUACUACCACCUACACACCAUGGACUGGUACCUUCACUUCUACCAUUGGUACUAGUGUCACUACCAGUAUUGGCUCAGAUGGUAUUCCAACCACCUCAACUAUUUACACCGUUGAAACUCCAGAUGUUGAUGCUGUUACCACCACCUACACACAAUGGACUGGUACAUUCACUUCUACCAUUGGUACUAGUGUCACUACCAGUAUUGGCUCAGAUGGUAUUCCAACCACCUCAACUAUUUACACCGUUGAAACUCCAGAAGUUGAUGCUGUUACUACCACCUACACACCAUGGACUGGUACCUUCACUUCCACCAUUGGUACUAGUGUCACUACCAGUAUUGGCUCAGAUGGUAUUCCAACCACCUCAACUAUUUACACCGUUGAAACUCCAGAUGUUGAUGCUGUUACUACCACUUACACACCAUGGACCGGUACAUUCACUUCUACCAUUGGUACUAGUGUAACUACCAGUAUUGGUUCAGACGGUAUUCCAACUACCUCCACCAUCUACACUGUUGAAACUCCAGAACACGAUGCUGUUACUACCACCUACACACCAUGGACUGGUGCAUUCACUUCUACCAUUGGUACUAGUGUAACUACCAGUAUUGGUUCAGAUGGUAUUCCAACUACCUCCACCAUCUACACUGUUGAAACUCCAGAUGUUGAUGCUGUUACCACCACUUACACACCAUGGACUGGUACAUUCACUUCUACCAUUGGUACUAGUGUCACUACCAGUAUUGGCUCAGAUGGUAUUCCAACUACAUCUACCAUCUAUACUGUUGAAACUCCAGAAGUUGAUGCUGUUACUACCACUUACACACCAUGGACUGGUACAUUCACUUCCACCAUUGGUACUAGUGUCACUACCAGUAUUGGCUCAGAUGGUAUUCCAACUACCUCAACUAUCUAUACAGUUGAAACUCCAGAACACGAUGCUGUUACUACCACCUACACACCAUGGACUGGUGCAUUCACUUCUACCAUUGGUACUAGUGUCACUACCAGUAUUGGCUCAGAUGGUAUUCCAACUACAUCUACCAUCUAUACUGUUGAAACUCCAGAAGUUGAUGCUGUUACUACCACCUACACACCAUGGACUGGUGCAUUCACUUCUACCAUUGGUACUAGUGUAACUACCAGUAUUGGUUCAGAUGGUAUUCCAACCACCUCCACUAUCUAUACAGUUGAAACUCCAGAACACGAUGCUGUUACUACCACUUAUACUCCAUGGACUGGUGCAUUCACUUCUACCAUUGGUACUAGUGUUACAACCAGUAUUGGAUCAGACGGUAUUCCAACUACAUCUACCGUUUAUACAGUUGAAACUCCAGAACACGAUGCUGUUACUACCACCUACACACCAUGGACUGGUGCAUUCACUUCUACCAUUGGUACUAGUGUUACAACCAGUAUUGGAUCAGAUGGUAUUCCAACUACCUCAACUAUCUAUACAGUUGAAACUCCAGAACACGAUGCUGUUACUACCACCUACACACCAUGGACUGGUGCAUUCACUUCUACCAUUGGUACUAGUGUUACUACCAGUAUUGGAUCAGAUGGUAUUCCAACUACCUCAACUAUCUAUACAGUUGAAACUCCAGAAGCUGAUGCUGUUACUACCACUUACACACAAUGGACUGGUACAUUCACUUCCACCAUUGGUACUAGUGUUACUACCAGUAUUGGCUCAGAUGGUAUUCCAACUACAUCUACCAUCUACACUGUUGAAACUCCAGAAGUUGAUGCUGUUACUACCACCUACACACAAUGGACUGGUACAUUCACUUCUACCAUUGGUACUAGUGUUACUACCAGUAUUGGCUCAGAUGGUAUUCCAACUACAUCUACCAUCUACACUGUUGAAACUACAGAUGUUGAUGCUGUUACCACCACUUACACACCAUGGACUGGUACAUUCACUUCUACCAUUGGUACUAGUGUCACUACCAGUAUUGGCUCAGAUGGUAUUCCAACUACAUCUACCAUCUAUACUGUUGAAACUCCAGAAGUUGAUGCUGUUACUACCACCUACACACCAUGGACUGGUACCUUCACUUCCACCAUUGGUACUAGUGUCACUACCAGUAUUGGCUCAGAUGGUAUUCCAACCACCUCAACUAUUUACACCGUUGAAACUCCAGAUGUUGAUGCUGUUACUACCACUUACACACCAUGGACUGGUACAUUCACUUCCACCAUUGGUACUAGUGUAACUACCAGUAUUGGCUCAGACGGUAUUCCAACUACCUCCACCAUCUACACUGUUGAAACUCCAGAAGCUGAUGCUGUUACUACCACUUACACACCAUGGACCGGUACAUUCACUUCUACCAUUGGUACUAGUGUAACUACCAGUAUUGGUUCAGACGGUAUUCCAAAUACCUCCACCAUCUACACUGUUGAAACUCCAGAAGUUGAUGCUGUUACUACCACCUACACACAAUGGACUGGUACAUUCACUUCUACCAUUGGUACUAGUGUUACUACCAGUAUUGGCUCAGAUGGUAUUCCAACUACAUCUACCAUCUACACUGUUGAAACUCCAGAUGUUGAUGCUGUUACCACCACUUACACACCAUGGACUGGUACAUUCACUUCUACCAUUGGUACUAGUGUCACUACCAGUAUUGGCUCAGAUGGUAUUCCAACUACAUCUACCAUCUAUACUGUUGAAACUCCAGAAGUUGAUGCUGUUACUACCACCUACACACCAUGGACUGGUACCUUCACUUCCACCAUUGGUACUAGUGUCACUACCAGUAUUGGCUCAGAUGGUAUUCCAACUACAUCUACCAUCUAUACUGUUGAAACUCCAGAAGUUGAUGCUGUUACUACCACCUACACACCAUGGACUGGUACCUUCACUUCCACCAUUGGUACUAGUGUCACUACCAGUAUUGGCUCAGAUGGUAUUCCAACUACAUCUACCAUCUAUACUGUUGAAACUCCAGAAGUUGAUGCUGUUACUACCACCUACACACCAUGGACUGGUACCUUCACUUCCACCAUUGGUACUAGUGUCACUACCAGUAUUGGCUCAGAUGGUAUUCCAACCACCUCAACUAUUUACACCGUUGAAACUCCAGAACACGAUGCUGUUACUACCACCUACACACCAUGGACUGGUACAUUCACUUCUACCAUUGGUACUAGUGUAACUACCAGUAUUGGUUCAGAUGGUAUUCCAACUACCUCCACCAUCUACACUGUUGAAACUCCAGAUGUUGAUGCUGUUACCACCACUUACACACCAUGGACUGGUACCUUCACUUCUACCAUUGGUACUAGUGUCACUACCAGUAUUGGCUCAGAUGGUAUUCCAACUACAUCUACCAUCUAUACUGUUGAAACUCCAGAAGUUGAUGCUGUUACUACCACUUACACACCAUGGACUGGUACAUUCACUUCCACCAUUGGUACUAGUGUCACUACCAGUAUUGGCUCAGAUGGUAUUCCAACUACAUCUACCAUCUAUACUGUUGAAACUCCAGAAGUUGAUGCUGUUACUACCACCUACACACCAUGGACUGGUACCUUCACUUCCACCAUUGGUACUAGUGUCACUACCAGUAUUGGCUCAGAUGGUAUUCCAACCACCUCAACUAUUUACACCGUUGAAACUCCAGAUGUUGAUGCUGUUACUACCACUUACACACCAUGGACUGGUACAUUCACUUCCACCAUUGGUACUAGUGUCACUACCAGUAUUGGCUCAGACGGUAUUCCAACCACCUCAACUAUUUACACCGUUGAAACUCCAGAUGUUGAUGCUGUUACCACCACUUACACACCAUGGACUGGUACAUUCACUUCUACCAUUGGUACUAGUGUCACUACCAGUAUUGGCUCAGAUGGUAUUCCAACUACAUCUACCAUCUAUACUGUUGAAACUCCAGAAGUUGAUGCUGUUACUACCACCUACACACCAUGGACUGGUACCUUCACUUCCACCAUUGGUACUAGUGUCACUACCAGUAUUGGCUCAGAUGGUAUUCCAACUACAUCUACCAUCUAUACUGUUGAAACUCCAGAAGUUGAUGCUGUUACUACCACCUACACACCAUGGACUGGUACCUUCACUUCCACCAUUGGUACUAGUGUCACUACCAGUAUUGGCUCAGAUGGUAUUCCAACCACCUCAACUAUUUACACCGUUGAAACUCCAGAUGUUGAUGCUGUUACCACCACUUACACACCAUGGACUGGUACAUUCACUUCCACCAUUGGUACUAGUGUAACCACCAGUAUUGGCUCAGACGGUAUUCCAACCACCUCAACUAUUUACACCGUUGAAACUCCAGAUGUUGAUGCUGUUACCACCACUUACACACCAUGGACUGGUACAUUCACUUCCACCAUUGGUACUAGUGUCACUACCAGUAUUGGCUCAGAUGGUAUUCCAACUACAUCUACCAUCUAUACUGUUGAAACUCCAGAAGUUGAUGCUGUUACUACCACCUACACACCAUGGACUGGUACCUUCACUUCCACCAUUGGUACUAGUGUCACUACCAGUAUUGGCUCAGAUGGUAUUCCAACCACCUCAACUAUUUACACCGUUGAAACUCCAGAUGUUGAUGCUGUUACUACCACUUACACACCAUGGACUGGUACAUUCACUUCUACCAUUGGUACUAGUGUAACUACCAGUAUUGGCUCAGACGGUAUUCCAACCACCUCAACUAUUUACACCGUUGAAACUCCAGAUGUUGAUGCUGUUACCACCACUUACACACCAUGGACUGGUACAUUCACUUCUACCAUUGGUACUAGUGUCACUACCAGUAUUGGCUCAGAUGGUAUUCCAACUACAUCUACCAUCUAUACUGUUGAAACUCCAGAAGUUGAUGCUGUUACUACCACCUACACACCAUGGACUGGUACCUUCACUUCCACCAUUGGUACUAGUGUCACUACCAGUAUUGGCUCAGAUGGUAUUCCAACUACAUCUACCAUCUAUACUGUUGAAACUCCAGAAGUUGAUGCUGUUACUACCACCUACACACCAUGGACUGGUACCUUCACUUCCACCAUUGGUACUAGUGUCACUACCAGUAUUGGCUCAGAUGGUAUUCCAACCACCUCAACUAUUUACACCGUUGAAACUCCAGAUGUUGAUGCUGUUACCACCACUUACACACCAUGGACUGGUACAUUCACUUCCACCAUUGAUACUAGUGUAACCACCAGUAUUGGCUCAGAUGGUAUUCCAACCACCUCAACUAUUUACACCGUUGAAACUCCAGAUGUUGAUGCUGUUACCACCACUUACACACCAUGGACUGGUACCUUCACUUCCACCAUUGGUACUAGUGUAACUACCAGUAUUGGCUCAGACGGUAUUCCAACUACAUCUACCAUCUACACAGUUGAAACCCCAACCAACAACGGUGUUACCACCACGUACACACCAUGGACCGGUACAUUCACUUCUACCAUUGGUACUAGGGUAACUACCAGUAUUGGCUCAGACGGUAUUCCAACUACAUCUACCAUCUACACAGUUGAAACCCCAACCAACAACGGUGUUACCACCACAUACACACCAUGGACUGGAUCUGUUACAUCUACUAUUGGUACUAGCGUUAUCACUAAUACUGGUACUGAUGGUAUUCCAACUACGUCUACCAUCUACACUGUUGAAACACCAGCUAACCAUGGUGCUUCAACUACUAAUGUUCCAUGGACUGGAUCCGUUACUACUACUGUUGGUACUUCGAUUUUCACUACUACUGGUACUGAUGGUAAACCAACUACAUCUACCAUUUACACAGUUGAAACUCCAGAAAAUCAUGGCAUUAGUACUAUAUUUACCUCUUGGGGUGGUGCUUACACUUCAACUUAUUCCAUUAACAUUUUCACUGUUACUGGCUCUAAUGGAUUGUCUACCACUUCCACUAUUAUUUACGUUGAAACACCAGGAUUUGGUUAUUUUAACACUACCAGCUCUAAAUCAUCUCCAUUGACUACUAUUCCAGGUACUACCUCUACUUCUGAAACUGUUUCUCCAGUUAAUCCAACUACUGAGACAUCUGGAUUGCCUUCUAGUGUCACAAGAACUACUGUGAUUGUUACAUCUGGCAGAACUAUAACCUCGACUAUUGUCACAUGCGAUGCUACUACCACCACUGUUCCAAACAACAACAACAACAAUAAUGGUGGUUCUAACAAUUCCGGUUCCGAAGUUUAUUCUGUUAGUUCUGAGACUUCCAAUACACCAGUUACUGUUACUAAGACUAGUGUAUUCACUACAUCUGGUAGUACCAUUACUGCUACUAUCACCUCCACUAUUGUUCCAAAUAACAACAACAACAACGGUGGAUCUGGUAGUUCUGAAACUGGUAAUACACCAGUCACUGUUACUAAGACUAGUGUAUUCACUACAUCUGGUAGUACCAUCACUGCUACUAUCACAUCCACUAUUGUUCCAAACAACAACAACAACGGUGGAUCUGGUAAUUCCGAAACUGCUAAUACACCAGUUACUGUUACUAAGACUAGUGUGUUUACCACAUCUGGUAGCACCAUUACUGCUACUAUCACUUCUACUAUUGUUCCAAACAACAACAACAACAACGGUGGAUCUGGUAAUUCCGAAACUGCUAAUACACCAGUUACUGUUACUAAGACUAGUGUAUUCACUACAUCUGGUAGUACCAUUACUGCUACUAUCACCUCUACUAUUGUUCCAAACAACAACAACAACAACGGUGGAUCUGGUAGUUCCGAAACUGCUAAUACACCAGUUACUGUUACUAAGACUAGUGUGUACACUACAUCAGGUAGUACCAUCACAUCUGUUAUUACAUCUACUAUUGUUCCAAACAAUAAUAAUGAAAACGGAUCAGGUUCUCCAGGCAAUGCUAGUGAAUAUGUUGAGACCAUUUCUUCUGGUUCUGUUUACACCACUGUUACCAAGAGUGGCAGUGGCAACUCUGGUAAUUCCAACAAUGUUGUUACCAAGACUACAUCUGGUGGCAAAGUUAUUACCACCACUGUUCAAUCAGAAACUGUUUCUAGCACAGCUGGUAUUGAAGUUCAAAGUAUUCAAUCUCAACCAGCAUCUAGUGGAUUAAUUUCUAUUUACCAAGCUGGUGCUGUUUCAAACAGAAUAUCCACUUUCAAGAUGUUCUUAACUUUAUUUGUUUUGUUUUUCAAUUUAUUUUAA